CGUAGCAGAGCGGAUGCGCCUGUUUGGGGAGUUUCCUCCCUAAGCCCCGCCUCUUUAUUUUCCCCGUCUCUGACCAGUUUCCUGUCGCGAACAAAUAGUUCAGGCUGGCUCGCGCGAGGAGCGGGCCGGCGAAGGCGAGGCGCAGGAGGAGGCGGAGGCGGCGGAGGAGGAGAGGCGCCUCUUCCCGUGUCCUUCAGGCGGAGGAGGAAUUGGGAAAAUUAAAAAGGCGAUAAUGCACCAUGGCAAUGGUCCUCCAAAUGCCCAACGCCAGCUCCAAAGGUCCCGCUCUUUCACUGGCAGUGAGAAUGAAGAUCAGCAGGCAAAUCUGCCACAGUCCCCAGCACCUUCAUUUGCUCCUUCUGCAAGCCCAUCUGCACCACAAUCUCCUGGUUACCAAAUCCAGCAGUUUAUCAUGAGCAGAAGCCCUGUAGCAGGGCAGAAUGUGAACAUUACUUUACAAAAUGUUGCAUCCGUUGCUACGGGGAACCAGCAGAUCACACUUACUCCAUUACCAAUCCCUAGUCCAACGUCUCCCAGCUUCCAGUUCAGCCCUCAGCAAAGAAGGUUUGAACAUGGGUCACCAUCCUAUAUCCAAGUUACUUCGCCGUUGGCACCACAGGUUCAGUCUCAGAGCCCCACACAGCCUAGCCCAGUGCCAGUCCAAUCCAUAUCAAAUGUUCGGGCUGGUGCCUCAGGGCCUGGCUUGGGGAUGUGCAGCCAGAGCCCAACACGAGGCUUUGUUGAUGCAAGUGUGCUUGUGAGACAAAUCAGCUUGAGCCCUUCUAACAGUGGACACUUCGUGUAUCAAGAAGGCUCUAGCAUUGCCCAGAUUUCUCAAGGCACCACUGCUCAGGUACAGCUUUCAUCUUCUGGAGCAUCUGGUACAGGUAGAGAACGCAGACUGUCUCAGCCCCAUUCACAAACGGGUGGCACCAUCCACCAUCUUGGACCGCAGAGCCCUGUAGCUAGCGGAGCAAAUAUCCAACCUUUGCCAAGUCCUGGUCACAUCACAACAAAUAAUCUGCCGCCACAGAUCAGCAAUAUCAUCCAAGGCAUGCAACAGCAGCAGCAAGUCCUCCAAGGGCAGCAACUGAACAGACCCCUAGGAUAUGAGAGGACUUCUGGUGGGCUAAUAGCUGGGGUUGGAGGACCUCCUGGUUUUGGAAUGACCUCACCGCCACCUCCUACAAGUCCUUCCCGAGCUGGUGUGCCACAAGGGCUAACCAACCUCCCCCUUGCUCCUUCAGUCUCUGCUGUGGUAAAGAAACAGAAAAAGCUGGAGGAGAUUCCUCCAGCCACUCAAGAAGCUGCUCAGAUGAGAAAACAGUGUUUGGAACACCAUCUCAAGCAAAUGGAGAUUUUGAAAGAUGCUUUCAAAGAGUAUUUGAUUGAACUGUUUUUCCUGCAACACCUUCAAGGGAAUAUGAUGGAUUUUUUAGCUUUUAAGAAGAAGCAUUGUGUGCCAUUACAAGCUUAUCUUAGGCAAAAUGACUUGGAUCUGGAGGAGGAGGAGGAGGAGGAGCAAUCUGAGGUUAUUAACGAUGAGGUAAAGGUUGUGACAGGAAAGGAUGGGCAGACUGGUACUCCUGUUGCUAUAGCAACCCAGCUUCCUCCAAAUGUUUCUGCUGCUUUUUCAUCUCAGCAGCAACCAUUUCAGCAGGUGCAUGCAGGGACUCCAGUAACAGGAACUGUGAAUGCCAUAGAAAUUGAAGCUUUUAAGAGACAGCAAGCACUUACUUCUGCAGAUUCGUCUAAGAGACCCCGAAUUGAAGUGGGCCGUCAUGGGAUGGUUUUUCAGCAUCCAGGCGUGGCUUCAGGAGUCCCUCUUCAACAGCUCAUGCCAACAGCACAAGGUGGAAUGCCUCCCACCCCACAGGCAGUGCAGCUCACAGGGCAGAAGCAGAGCCAGCAACAGUAUGACCCUUCAAAAGGGCCUCCGGUUCAAAAUGCAGCAAGUCUACACACUCCUCCUCCUCAACUGCCUGGGAGGCUGCAGCCAACCAACAUCCCCAUCACGUCACUCCCAACAACGCUGCAACUCGUGCAACCGCCACCACAGAUAACAGAUGCACCAGUGCAACCUCCACUUCAUGUGAAGACCCAGCCCCAAAGUGUUGCUACCUCUAUGCUGCAUGGCCAGGUUCAGGUACCAGUGCAGCCAGCAGCACACAUGCAAGGACAAAUAACAACACAGAUCUCCCAACCUCAAGCUUCAGCACAGCAGCAGACUGUUCCCCUAGUGCGAGCCACGUCAGACUCUGUACAAAAUUUCCAGCGUCUUCCAGCAAACGUCCUGCCUCCUACUACAUCCAAUCCACCUGCAGCUAUUACCAGUACAGCACCACAGUCAACGUAUCCAUUGCAAACCAGCAGAACUUCUCCAACGGCAAAUAAAUUGGUGUCUUCGAUUGCCUCCAAACCUCCAGGUUUGGCAGUAACAGCAGCAAAAAGUCAGAGUUCAGCUCAGAAUGUAGCAGUUUUGCCCCAAGACAGCUCCCAAGAUAAACUAGCAGAACAAAUUAAGCUGGAAAACCAAGUCCACCAACGAAUAGCAGAGUUGAGAAAGGAAGGUUUGUGGUCUCUGAGACGGUUGCCCAAACUUCAGGAGGUACCCAGACCCAAAUCUCAAUGGGAUUAUCUCCUGGAGGAAAUGCAGUGGAUGGCAACAGACUUUGCUCAAGAAAGGAAAUGGAAAAUGGCCACUGCUAAGAAGAUGGUCCGGACCGUGGCUCGCUAUCAUGAGGAAAAGAAACUUAAUGAAGAAAGGGCUAAGAAAGAGGAAGAGAACAAGCUCAGGCGCCUUGCUGCAAUGAUUGCGAGAGAGAUAGAGUACUUCUGGUUCAAUAUUGAACAGGUUGUAGAAAUAAAACUGCAGAUAGAAUUUCAAGAGAAAAGGAAAAAAGCAUUAAAUUUAAAGAGACAUUCAAAGAGAGGUAAAGAUAUAAGGCAUUUAGAAGAUUGCCUGCUGCAAAAAGAAGCAGAUCUGGGUUUUUGGUCAUCUGGAAGAAAGAGAAAAGCGAGCACAUCAUUGACAGACGAUGAAGUUGAAGAUGAAGAAGAAACAAUUGAGGAGCAAGAGGCUAAAGAAAGCAGUGUCAAUCAUCAAACUGAGCUGUCUACUUUGGCCAAGGAAGCUGAGCUGCCUUUGGAUGAUUUGAUGAAAAUGUAUGAAGGUGCGUUUGCUGAAAAUGUGCACUGGUCAGAGCUGAAAUCUGAAGAAGACAGCAGCGAAGAAGAGAUGGAAGACCACAUAUCAGAAAGAGAAGUCCUUCCGAAGGAAGUUAUUUUGAUUGACUCCCUCCUCAGCAUUGACCAGUAUAAAGGGGCUGAAAGAGUGGGGCCUACAAAAAAACACGGCAAAGACAUAGCAGAGGUGGCAGCUGCAGCAGAAGCACUCUUGCCCAAAGGCAGUGCGCGGAUCACAACUGCAGUGAAAUAUAACAGUCCACCUCUUUUGUAUGGCUCACUUCGGGAGUAUCAGAAGAUUGGCUUAGACUGGCUAGCCAAACUGUACAAGAAGAAUCUCAAUGGUAUUUUGGCUGAUGAGGCUGGGCUUGGAAAAACAGUGCAAGUCAUUGCCUUUUUUGCACACCUGGCCUGUAAUGAGGGUGACUGGGGUCCUCACCUUGUUGUUGUCCGAAGUUGUAACAUACUCAAAUGGGAGCUUGAAUUGAAGCGUUGGUGUCCUGGGCUGAAACUCCUGCUCUACAUUGGCAACCAAAGAGAGCUUAGAGCAAAACGACAGGAAUGGAUGGAACCCAACAAUUUUAAUGUGUGUAUCACUUCUUACAAGCAAUUCUUCAAAGGCCACCAUGCAUUCAUGAAGAUGCAAUGGAAAUACCUGGUGGUUGAUGAGAUGCAGCAGAUUAAAAACAUGACGGAGAAGCACUGGGAAGCACUUUUCAGUCUCCACAGCCAACAUCACUUGCUCCUCAUUGAUACACCUUUGCACAAUACCUUGAUGGAGCUUUGGACCAUGGUACACUUCCUGAUUCCAGGAAUCUCUAAAUCUUACCUGGAUUUCCCUGUGAAAGCUGCCAAUGAGGAAAAUCAAGAUUACUGUCACAAACUGGUUAUCAGAUUACACCGAAUGAUCCAGCCCUUUAUUUUGCGCAGAUCAAAACGAGAUGUGGAAAAGCAGUUGACAAAGAAAUAUGAACAUGUGCUCAAAUGUCGGCUUUCAAAUAGACAAAAAAUGAUGUAUGAAGAUGUCAUAUUGCAGCCAGGAACCCAAGAUGCUCUCAAGAGUGGACACUUUGUUAGUGUCCUCCAUGUAUUGAUGCAGCUGCAAAAGAUCUGUAACCAUCCUGAUCUCAUAAGCCCUCGGUUCUCCAGUUCUUCUUAUGUUCCAGAGACACUGCAAUAUAGGACUGCUUCGCUGGUCUUAAAAGCACUUGAACACAACAUCUGGAAGGUUGCAGACUUAAGUCUCUUUGAUUUGAUUGGAAUCGAGAAUAAGAUGACUCGCUAUGAGAUGCAAGUGCUGCCAAAGCAAAAAGUGACCAGGAAACUUAUUGAAGAAAUCUAUACCUCUCCUCCAUCUCCCCCCAGACCGAAUCCAGUAAAGCUGAAAUCAAGCAGAUUAUUCCAACCUGUUCAGUAUGGACAAAAACCUGAAGGCAGGACCACAUCUUUCCCGAGUGCUCAGGUUCAGCGCACUGCAACUACAACUACGGUUGCUCAACAGGGACAGGUGCGAGGAAGAUCCCCUAUGACAACAGUAUCGGCAAAUCAAGCCGCCGCCGUAUCCUCCUCCGCAGCAUCACAGUUUCAGACAACUCAGGCUUCCAUCAAUGCUCCUCCGAGACAGCAUCCGGCAGUGACCUUCACCACAACAACUAGCCCAGCCCAUCCUGCAAAACAGCGGGCUCACCCCACUGCCCAGGCGUUGCAAAUAGGCCAGGCUCAGCCACAAGCCCCCCCACACACCAUUCAACAGAGUGUGCUGCCUCAGAGGCUGGUAUUAACCUCUCAGGCUCAGGCACGGUUGCCUAGUGGAGAAGUGGUCAAAAUAGCCCAGCUGGCUUCAAUUGCUGGAGCACAGGGCAGAAUCGCUCAGCCAGAGACUCCUGUGACACUGCAGUUUCAGGGCAACAAAUUUACUUUAUCUCAUAGUCAACUUCGCCAGCUCACUGCAGGACAGCCUCUGCAGCUGCAAGGCAGUGUACUGCAGAUUGUUUCAGCUCCUGGGCAACAAUACUUACGGCCUCAGGGCCCAGUGGUCAUGCAGACAAUGUCUCCAACUGGGACAGUUCAAAAUGCUCUGAACACUUUAGGAAAUCAGCACCCGGCCACCUUGCCAGCUUCUGCAAUUACACAACAAGCGUGUGUUCCAGGUCGAGCAAUGGCUGCUAAUUUAGCAUCGGGGGACGCAGGUUCAGUUUUAAAACCUGGCCUUAUACAUGGAGGACACUCACAGGAGUCAUAUGAAGAAAAAAACAGACUUCUAAAGGAGCGCCUGGACAGGAUCUUUUUUUGCAACGAGCGCCGCUGUUCCCAAGCUCCAGUUUAUGGUGCAGAUCUCCUUAGACUUUGUUCUUUGGUGGGUGACAGGAAGAGUCACCCUCAGUCUUCCACGACAUCUAGCAAAUGGAGAUGGGCAGGCUUUGCCAAUUGUUGCCUCUUACGUAAUUCCUCCCAGGACCAUAGCGAUCCUCUGCAAAGACUAAUGUGGAUCCUGAAGCAGCAGCAGGACUCUCUGCGAGAUGCUGUUAAUAGAGUACUCUGCGUUCUACCAGCUGCUGUGGCUGCUCCUCCAUCUUUGCAUGUGGCAAAGAUUCCUCCGUUGUAUAACCAUAAAAUGAAACAACUCAGACACCAUUUGAGAGAAAAGGCAACUCCCUUCUUGCACCAGCUGCACCAGUUCAUCACUCCACAGUUUCUUCAGUUUCCUGACCUCCGAUUAGUGCAGUAUGAUGCAGGAAAAUUGGAGGCCCUGGCAGUCUUGCUUCAGAAGCUGAAGUCAGAAGGACGCCGGGUGCUGAUACUGUCUCAGAUGAUUCUCAUGUUGGACAUCUUGGAGCAUUUUCUGAAUUUCCAUUUCCUCACGUAUGUCAGGAUUGAUGAAUGUGCGAAUCAAGAAGAGCGCCAGGAGUCGAUGAAAAUGUUCAACAGAGACAAGCGCAUCUUCUGUGCAAUCCUUUCUUCACACAGUCGCUCCACAGGUGUCAAUCUUGUUGAGGCCGACACUGUUGUGUUUUAUGACAAUGAUUUAAAUCCUGUGAUGGAUGCAAAGGCCCAGGAAUGGUGUGACAGGAUUGGCAGGUGUAAGGACAUUCACAUCUACAGGCUAGUCAGUGGGAAUUCGGUAGAAGAGAAGCUUUUAAAAAAUGGCACCAAGGAUCUCAUCCGCGAAGUAGCAGCUCAGGGAAAUGAUUAUUCUUUGGCUUUUUUGACACAGCAAACGAUCCAGGAACUCUUUGAGGUUCAUUCUCCAAUGGAGGACUCUGGCUUCCGAGUGAAAGCAGAAGAGUUUGUGAUGCUCUCACAAGAACCAUCUCCAGCAGAAACCAUUUCUCCCAAAGUAGCAAGGCCUUUUAUAGAGGCUCUCAAAAGUAUAGAACGUGAGGAGGAAGAGGAGUUGAAUACAUGUGUGAUGGAUACUGAAACUGAAUUGACACUGGAGCCUUUCAUUUUGGAACUUGACAAGUCCCAGUAUUUGGAUGAGCCUUCUCAGCUGCAGGAGUUGGUUGCUGUCGUUGAUCAGCUUACCCCAAUUGAAAAGUAUGCCUUGAAUUACUUGGAGUUAUUUCAUGUUUCUACCGAUGAGAGUGAACUCAAAGCAAAUGAGGUCGAAGUGAGAACUGCUAAAAAGAUGUGGGAGACUCAUCAUCUAAAGCAGCUGAAAGCGCAAAAGGAUAACAUUCUUUGGGAUGGGGAGGAGGAGGAGCUCCUCACCUAUACUCGGGAAGAUGCCUACAACAAAGAAUAUAUUUAUGAAGGUCCAGAUGGACAAACUGAAAUUAUGCCGCUCUGGACUCCCCCAACCCCACCUCAGGAUGACAAUGACAUUUAUAUUGACUCUGUCAUGUGCCUGAUGUAUGAGACUAGCCCGAUCCCAGAAUCCAAACUGCCCCCUGUGUAUGUCAGGAAGGAACGGAAACGGCACAAAACCGACCCAUCUGCUGCAGGAAGGAAGAAAAAGCAACGACAUGGAGAGACGGUCAUUCCUCCCCGAUCACUUUUUGAUCGAGCCACUCCAGGGAUGCUCAAAAUGCGACGGGAGGGCAAAGAGCAGAAGAAGAACAUUCUGCUGAAGCAGCAGACACAGUUUGCAAAGCCGUUGCCCACACUUGUAAAGCCAGCUGCUGAAGUAGGCCAGGACAAUCCUGAAUGGCUCAUCAGCGAGGACUGGGCCCUCCUUCAGGCAGUUAAACAGCUGCUGGAGCUCCCGCUCAACCUUGCUGUUGUAUCUCCGGCUCAUACCCCAAACUGGGAUCUUGUCAGCGAUGUGGUGAACUCCUGCAGUCGAGUUUAUCGUUCUCCAAAACAGUGCCGCAACCGCUAUGAAAAUGUCGUCAUUCCAAGGGAGGAAGGGAAGCUUAUGUAUGAAGCGAACCCUAAGAAGAAGACAAAAAGCAUUUAUAAGACAUUUAAUGAAUUAAUUCCUGCAACGCCCCAUCAGACUAAGAACAGUCGUCCACUUCGAACCAAUCAGCUCUAUGCCCAAGAUGAGGGUGCAACACAUACCCAGCUCUAUACUAAUCAUUUUGAAAUUAUGAAAAUGAUUGCUGGGAAGAGAAGUCCACCCAUCAAACCCUUACUUGGUAUGAAUCCUUUUCAGAAGAAUCCAAAGCACACCUCGGUACUUGCUGAAAGUGGUAUCAAUUAUGAUAAGCCACUCCCUCCAAUUCAAGUGGCCUCUCUCCGAGCAGAGCGCAUUGCAAAGGAGAAGAAGGCUUUGGCUGAACAGCAGCGGGCCCAACAACAAGCAGGGCCACAGCAGCAACAGCAGGCAGGCCAGCAGCAAGUGCAGCAAGUGGCAGUUCAGCAAGCCCAGUCUCAGCCCCAAGGUCAAGUUCAAGUUGUCCAACAGCCCCAGGCUGUGGUACAGACCGCUGUCACCACUGUGGCAAACACUACGGUACUGGCUGGCACAAUGAAAAAUUCAGCAACUGGGACAAGCAUACAGACAGCCACCGUGACUGGAAAUGUUAUUGUGAACACCGUGGCUGGAGUUCCAGCAACCACUUUUCAGCCGAUCAACAAACGCCUGGCUUCACCUGUUAUACCUGGAGCACUGGCGACAUCAGGAGGGACUGCUGCAGCUCAGGUGGUCCAUACCCAACAGAGAGCGGCCACAGUGCCUGCUGCAUCUGCAGAACUGGUGACUAUUGCAUCUACUCCAGGGGCUCGAGCUGCAACAUCUGUGACAGCAUCAGCUGUUGUCACCACCAACCUAACCCCAGUCCAGACCCAAGCUAGAUCUUUGGUCACACAGGUCACACCAGCAGCUCCAGCCGGUGUACAACUUUCAGGGAAGACAAUCAGCCCAGCUCACUUUCAGCUCCUGAGGCAACAGCAACAGGCAGCAGGUCAAGUCCCCCAAAUUCAGGCCCAGGCCCAAGCCCAGGCCCCUGCCCAGAUUAAAGCUGUAGGCAAAUUAUCCCAGGAGCAGCUAAUCAAGUUGCAGAAGCAAAAGCUGCAGCUUCCUCAGCAGCAGGCUCCACAGCAGCAGGCCCAGUCAGGAGCCCAGCCACAAGCAGCUCAGGUCCAGGUGCAGCAGCAGCAGGCCCAGCUCUCGGCUGUUACAGCACCAAGACCAGGGGCAGUCCUCACUGGCACCACAGUCACCAACCUCCAAGUGGCUCGCCUCACUCGUGUUGCUGCUUCCCAGCUUCAAGCGCAAGGUCAGAUCCAGGCCCAGGCCCCGCAAGCAGCCCAAGUGGCUUUGGCUAAGCCUCCAGUGGUGUCUGUUCCGGCUGCAGUGGUGUCAUCAGCAGGUGUUACCACACUCCCUGUUACCGUUGCUGGGAUUAGCGUCGCGAUUGGGCAGCCACAGAAAGCAGCAGGAGGGCAGACAGUUGUGACCCAGAUGCAACACCUGUUAAAGCUGAAGCAGCAUCACCCAGCAGCCCAGCAGCAGAAAGCCAUCCAGCCUCAAGUUGCACAAGGACAACCUGCAGUUCAGCAGAAGAUAAAUGCCCAACAAGUUCCCGUUCAGGCUCAACAGCAGACGUCACAGCAACAGAAAGUCUAUGCGACGCAGCCAGCCCUUAAAGCACAGUUCCUACCAACAUCAAUUUCUCAGGCCCAGAAACCUGGGGGAACACAACAGGUCCAGACUCAAAUACAGGUUGCAAAGAUUCCACAAGUGGUCUCACAGCAGGCUGCGGUGGCCAAUAUUCAGCAGGUGGUUUCGGUUUCCCAGCAGGUUCAAGCCCAACCACAGACUGUGACUUUGUCCCAAACGACUGCAGGCCAGCAUCAAGUCCAAGUGAUCCCUGCUGCCACUACUGCUACAGCUCAAGUGGUCCCACAGAAACUGAUACAACAGCAGGUUGUCACAACCUCUCCCCAGAUGCAGGCCCCAGGAGUACAAAACCAAGCCCAGGCCUCAGCACCAUCUGAUGGCCAGACUCAGCAAGGAAAAGUGCAGAUGAGAGCGCCAGUCAGGUUAAAGGCACCCAGCAAACCUAGUUAAUUCCAUAAUCUAAGAGCCGUGAUUAGAAAGGGGAGAGAAGCACCGCUUUUACAAUCAUUUUAUGCAAUCUGGCAAAUGUGGGGCUUGGUUCAUUGAUGAAUCUACGUCUUCCUGAAUGCCUUCACAUGUUCUGACUUGCAGAAAGACAUCAGACAGGAAAAUUGAUUCCAAAUAGUUUCAAGAAUUGUUUUGGAACCAUGUGUAGUGUAAAUAUUUCAUACCUAGAACCCUCAGAAAACAAUGUGGUUACUUUUCAACAUCAGUAAAUUUGUGCACACAUUAGGUCACAUUAUAAUCACUCCUAGGGAAAAAUUUAAUAGAAUGAUGGGAUUGGCAAAACCCUUACUGUUUAGGUGAGUUUCCACAAACCUAUGACUAGAUAGAGGAAGACCUUUUGGAAUUAAUUCCUGCAAUAGUUUGCCAAUGUCAAAAUUUUAAGUGCUUCUAAUUAUAAACCAUAUUGCAGCAUUCAUUUUUGUCUUUUUUAAAAACAAGCAUUUACUAGUAGCAUGUUGUUGUUUCUUUGGUGUACAGUUUUUUUUAAAAAAAAAAUCCCUACCCUUUGUUUUGCUUCCAUAUUUCACUGUUAAAGUAAUGACUAUCUGAAGCAUGUGGGUUUUCUUGGUAAAUAAAUACUAUGUGAUAAUAGCUGUGUUUAAUUGUUAACAAUAUUGCUUCCUUAAUUUGUAAAAAGGAAAUGUUUUAUUAUGAUGGCAGAGUUUGUUGCCCUUGUUUCACAUGAAGCUUCCAGUGCAGAAGUAUGUUCAUCUUAUGGAAUUUCUACUUUUACAACCCAUUUCAAAAUUCAGUUACACUUCUGCUUAACAAAAAGAGAGAAUGGAACGUUUCCUUCAAAUUUUACAUUUGCGUAAACUAGCAGAUGGACUUUUAACUGGUUUAUUAAAGAUAAAGGUCCGCCUCGUAAUCAAUAAUUUUGGAAGUUAAAUUUCCCCUACUGCAUUUGAAUUCCAAUUCAACCUAGAAGUAUUUUUAGAAUAGCAGCUCCCUUUGCCAUGGUUUGCUGUUCUAACUAUUAAAGUUGCAUGGGAUGCCAUAUGAACCAUGGAAAUACUGGGUAGCUUAAGAAAAAACAGAAGAAAAAGUUGUGGGCUAUUGCCCACAAAAAAAGAAUAGACAUAAAUGUAAGGGAAAUGUGAGCGCAGAUGGGGGCAUCUUUGAAAUUUUGUCAGUCUUUUAAAAAACAAAACAAGUUGCAGAUUUUUGUCUUCAGGUGAACUUUGGAAAAAUAUUCUUACCGAAGCUUGAGAUCAUAUCAGGCGUCCAUAUCCAUUUCUUACUAAUUUUAGUGUGUCAUCGGUCGAUAGAUUAUUGAUCUAGAACUAUUUGAUAUCCAGGAUAGUUUAGACAAAGAAUUAGACAUCUUUGCUAGUUCUGCAAUGCAGAAUUCCAGCUUCUUCCUCCUGAUUUGCCAACGUAGUCUUCUUGCUGCAACAUACUGUAUUUUUAGGGGCUCAUGUGUUGUGUGUUUACGUUUAAAAAAAAGACAACUCCAUAAAGGAGCUAAGAGACAGACUGUUGAGUCUCCCCAUCUUUUCCCCAUCCCAAUGGUUUAUGUGCCUCCUAGUAUGCAGAUAGCAAAAAUCAACUGUAGAUUAACUUAUGAUACUGAAUUGUUCCCUUUAGUAAUUGUUCAAGAGCUAGCCUCCUCAGAAGUGAAGUGGGAUUGAAUGCACAAUCUGGUUCUUGGAUCAUUACACCCCUCCCUCCCUCCCUC